AUGUCAAAAUUUGCCCACAAGAAGGAUCGCUGCGCCACCGCAAGUGAGCACAGCACAACAAGGAGACUGAAAAGAUUUGACAUGGGUCCCAGGAUCCUCAAAAAGUUCUACAGCUGCACCAUCGAGAGCAUCCUGACUGGUUGCAUCAUCGCCUGGUGUGGCAACUGCUCGUCAUCCGACUGUAAGGUGCUACAGAGGGUAGUGCGCACGGCCAAGCUUCCUGCCAUCCAGGACCUACAGUACAAGUCAGAAAAUAGGCGACGUUCAGUCAGCGUGGAUAAUGCGCAUUUGCUGCAGGCUCUACUGUCAUCACUACAGUGUAACCGGAUCUCGACCGGCGACGGAUGGGUUGACUCCCGCCGCGCCGAGGAGGUGGUCCCAGCCUCCGGCACGGGCCGCCGCUCCCGGGGUGGGUCCCCAUCCCUGGUCCCGUUAACCCAGCGUCCCCUCCAGAAGUCCUUUGCCGCCUCUCUGUGUCGUGAGUCUCACUGGAAGUGCCUCCUCUUGACUCUUCUCAUGUACGGGUGCUUUGCCAUGCUGGGUUGGUGUGCAGUCUGCCGUGUGCCUGUCCUGGGCUCCGGGGAGCACGUGGUCGUCUCGGCUACGGCUGCCACUACCGCCGCCUCCUCUGGCUUGCCUCAACUACACCUUGACAGCCCAUGUUCCAGUGGUUAUGUGUAUAUUCCUCUAGCCUUCCUAGCUAUGCUGUAUGUGGUGUAUCUAGUGGAAUGCUGGCACUGUUACUCCAAGACCGCCAUUUUGGCUCACGCGGAGACGGCAGAGGUGUAUGAGCGUGUCACAAAGCUCCAGCAGGCCACUCCCUGUAUCUGGUGGAAGGCCAUCAGUUACCACUACGUCAGACGGACCAGACAGGUGACCAGGUAUCGCAACGGAGACGCUUAUACCACCACACAGGUGUACCAUGAGAGGGUUAACACCCACGCCUCCAGCUCUGAGUUUGACUACGGUCGUCACCGGGUUAAAGACGUCUCCAAAGAGCUCCAGGGCCUUCAGGAGCAUCCAGCUGUCAGGCUCCGCUUCACCAAGUGUUUCAGUUUCGCCAGCGCCCGUGCGGAGGCUGCAUACCUCACCCAGCGAGCACACUUCUUCGGAGACAACGAGGGUCUGGAUGAUUACAUGGAAGCGCGAGAGGGGAUGCAUCUAAAGAACGUUGAUUUCCGGGAGCAUAUCCUGGCGUUCCCGGACCCAACCCGGCAACCGUGGUAUUCCCGACCCCGGGUCUUCUGGCUAGCUUCAGUGUUCCUCUUCUCCUGGCCGCUCCGGGUCGUGUCGGAGUACCGCACGGCGUACGUACACUACCACGUGGAGAAACUGUUCGGAGAGGAGACGAUCCGUGAGGACGGAGGAGGCGACGGAGUGACGGAGAACGGAGGAACGGCGGGAGGAGAGAGGAGCGUCAACGGAGGGUCGAGCUACAGAGCGAUAUCGCGGGUGAACACGGUGGACAUGACGGAGCUGGAGUGGCAUAUUCGCUGUAAUCAACAAAUGGUUCCUUCGUAUUCCGAAGCUCUUCUCAUGGACUUGGAGAGAGAGAGUAAUGGAGGAGUCAGUGGAACAGGAGAAACUAACACCACCACCUCCACACCUGGAGCUCCAGGCUCAGACCCCAUCCAGGGGGGCAUCCCAGCUGGUAUGGCCCACCCAGUGGCCUUCUCUUCGGCUUACCUCCUCCAGAGCUGCCCCCGGUGCCGGAGAACCACGUCCAGCUCCAGCCUACCGUCCAGGCUAAGGGCACCGACAGGGAAUCAAGCUCUGCUGAACGGCACCGUGGCUGAGAUGAGGGUGAACGGCGUAGGGGGUGGCGGGGGAGGGCAGGCGGGAGGAGGAGGAGGAGGAGGGAGGUUAGUGUUGAGUCGUAGUGGGUUCUCUCUAGGGAGACUAGGGGGAACACGGCCGAGACCGGCGAGUCUGCUUCACUCUCGUAGUAUGGGGGGAGGACUGGGAGGAGGACGUGGGGAGGACGGAGGAGGAGGAGGAGUGUUACUGGGGUUAGGGUCCCGGCAGGGUCAGGAUGACGAGGAGGAGAGUCGAGGAGUUCUGGAAGGAGAGAGGGAUGAAGAACAGGAGGAGGAGGAGGAGAGAGAUGAAGAAGCAGUGCAUGAGGGAGGAGGAGGAGAGGUAGAUGAGGGGGUGAGGGAGGGAGAGAGAGAUAGACCUCCGUCUUAUCACGAUGCGUUUUUCUUCCCGGUGUUGAUCGUACACGGAGAGGAGAGCUGCCAUGGUGGAGAUGAUGUGAUGGACAUAAUAGUAAACUAACAGAAAACAAAAGGGUUAAAUAAGAGAUCAAAUUGAAAUAGAUUGAUUGCCAUAGUCUGACAGUGGAAAGAAGGGAUAUUGUAGUACAGGACAAGAAAGAGGGGGAUGUUGGAGAGAGAGAGGUCUGAUAAUAUGACAGAGAGAGAGAGGUCUGAUAAUAUGACAGAGAUAGAGAGGUCUGAUAAUAUGACAGAGAGAGAG